GAGUAAAAGAAGAUGAACUACAAAGUAUACUGAAUUACUUACUAACUAUGCAUGAGGAUGAAAAUAUUCAUGAUGUGCUUCAGUUACUAGUGGCUUUAAUGUCUGAACAUCCAGCAUCUAUGAUACCUGCUUUUGAUCAAAGAAACGGAAUACGGGUAAUCUAUAAAUUAUUGGCUUCAAAAAGUGAAAGUAUUUGGGUUCAGGCUCUGAAGGUGCUAGGAUAUUUUCUCAAACAUCUGGGUCAUAAGCGAAAAGUUGAAAUCAUGCAUACACAUAGUCUGUUUACUCUUCUUGGAGAGAGGUUGAUGUUACAUACAAAUACUUUGACGAUUACAACUUACAACACACUGUAUGAGAUCUUGACAGAACAAGUCUGCACACAGGUUGUUCAUAAACCACAUCCAGAACCAGAUUCUACUGUAAAAAUUCAAAACCCAAUGAUCCUGAAAGUGGUGGCAACAUUGUUAAAGAAUUCUGCACCAAGUGCAGAACUCAUGGAGGUUCGGCGUUUAUUUUUAUCAGAUAUGAUCAAACUUUUCAGUAACAGCCGUGAAAAUAGAAGAUGCUUACUUCAGUGUUCAGUAUGGCAAGAUUGGAUGUUUUCUUUGGGAUAUAUUAAUCCUAAGAACUCUGAAGAACAGAAAAUUACUGAGAUGGUGUAUAACAUCUUUCGUAUUCUUUUAUAUCAUGCAAUAAAAUAUGAAUGGGGAGGAUGGAGGGUCUGGGUUGAUACACUUUCCAUAGCCCAUUCCAAGGUUACCUAUGAAGCUCACAAGGAGUACCUAGCAAAAAUGUAUGAAGAAUACCAAAGACAGGAAGAGGAGAAUAUCAAGAAGGGGAAAAAAGGGAAUGUAAGCACUAUCUCAGGCCUUUCAUCUCAGACCACUGGAGCAAAAGGUGCCAUGGAUAUUCGUGAAAUUGAAGAUCUUUCACAAAGCCAAAGUCCAGAAAGUGAAACAGACUACCCAGUCAGCACAGAUACCAGAGAUUUACUCAUUGCAACAAAAGUAUGUGAUGAUGUGCUCGGAAGUGCCGAUAGACCGGGGAGUGGUGUGCAUGUAGAGGUUCACGAUCUGUUAGUUGAUAUAAAAGCAGAAAAGGUGGAAGCCACAGAAGUAAAGCUGGAUGAUAUGGAUCUGUCACCAGAGACUUUGGUAACCAGAGAAAAUGGUACCCUUGUGGAAGUAGAAUCUUUAUUAGAUAAUGUAUAUAGUGCUGCAGUUGAAAAACUUCAGAACAAUGUUCAUGGGAGUGUUGGCAUUAUUAAGAAAAGUGAAGAGAAGGACAAUGGUCCCUUAAUUACACUAGCUGAUGAUAAAGAUGAACCUCCUCAUAAUAGCACCUCAUUUCUCUUUGAUAAAAUAUCUAGCCAAGAAGAGAAGCUGCUUCCUGAAUUGUCUAGCAAUCACAUCACUAUUGCCAAUAUUCAAGAGACUCAAAUUCAUCUUGGUGUGAAUAAUGACCUUGGGCUUCUUUCUCAUAUGUCUAGCAGUACUGAUAUAGCAUGUGGUUCAAGCAUAAUAGAAAACAAGGAAUUUAAAAUUCAUACUUCUGUUGAUACAAUUGAUUCACUAUCUGAAAGGGACUUGGCUUCAUCUUCUAAAGGAUUAGAAUAUACUGAAAUGGCAGCUACAACUCUUGAAACUGAGUCUUCUGGGAAAACUGUAUCAAAUGUAGACGGAGGGAAUAUCGUAUCUGAUACAGAAAGGUCUGAUGAUGGAAAAGAAGUAGGGAAGGAAAUAAGAAAAAUACAGACAACAACUACAACCCAAGCUGUGCAAGGUCGUUCUAUUACACAACAGGAUAGAGACUUGCGUGUUGACUUGGGAUUUCGAGGAAUGCCAAUGACGGAAGAACAAAGGCGACAAUUCAGCCCAGGUCCACGAACAACAAUGUUUCGUAUUCCAGAAUUUAAAUGGUCCCCCAUGCACCAGAGAUUACUGACUGAUCUACUAUUUGCUUUAGAAACUGAUGUGCAUGUUUGGAGAAGUCAUUCCACAAAGUCAGUUAUGGACUUUGUCAAUAGUAAUGAAAAUAUUAUUUUUGUACAUAAUACAAUCCACCUCAUCUCUCAAAUGGUAGACAAUAUUAUUAUUGCAUGUGGAGGAAUUCUGCCACUGUUGUCUGCAGCAACAUCCCCAACUGGUUCUAAGACGGAAUUGGAGAAUAUAGAAGUAACUCAGGGUAUGUCAGCGGAAACAGCAGUAACUUUUCUCAGCCGGCUGAUGGCUAUGGUUGAUGUGCUAGUAUUUGCCAGUUCACUAAAUUUUAGUGAAAUUGAAGCUGAAAAAAAUAUGUCUUCUGGAGGCUUAAUGCGACAGUGUCUAAGGCUUGUUUGUUGUGUUGCUGUGAGAAAUUGUUUGGAAUGUCGACAAAGACAAAGGGAGAAAGUAAACAAAUCUUCACUAAUCUGCAGUAAAACACAAGAGACUCUUCAGGGUAUAAGUGCAACUACUACCAACAAGACUCCAUUGGAAAAUGUUCCUGGUAACCUAUCCCCAAUUAAAGAUCCAGAUAGGCUUCUUCAAGAUGUUGAUAUUAAUCGUCUACGAGCAGUUGUAUUUCGUGAUGUGGAUGAUAGCAAACAGGCACAAUUUUUAGCUUUGGCUGUGGUUUACUUCAUUUCUGUUUUAAUGGUUUCCAAAUACCGGGAUAUUCUUGAACCACAACGAGAAACUGCACGGUCUGGAAGCCAGGCAGGUAGAAAUAUCAGGCAAGAAAUAAAUUCACCAACAAGUACAGUUGUGGUUAUACCAUCUAUCCCACACCCAAGUUUGAACCAUGGAUUCCUUGCCAAGUUAAUACCUGAACAGAGCUUUACCCACUCAUUUUAUAAAGAAACUCCUGUUGUAUUUCCAGACAACAUCAAAGAAAAAGAAACCCCACCAAUUGAAGAUAUUCCAUUGGAAAGCUCUAUUCCUCAUACCGAUUCUGGAAUUGAAGAGGAGCAAAUACCCAGUAUUUUAAAUGGGACAGAUUUAGAAACAGGCCCUGGUCCAGAUGCUAUGAGUGAAUUGCUAUCUACUUUGUCAUCUGAGGUGAAGAAAUCUCAGGAAAGUUUAACAGAAAGUUCCAGUGAAAUUCUGAAGCCUGCAUCUUCAAUAUCAAGUAUUAGCCAAAGCAAAGGUAUUAAUGUUAAAGAAAUAUUGAAAAGUCUGGUAGCAGCACCGGUUGAAAUUCCAGAAUGUGGGCCUGAUCCGAUUCCUUAUCCUGAUCCUGCACUGAAAAGAGAAACUCAGCCUAUUCUCCCAAUGCAGUUUCACUCUUUUGACAGCAUAACUGCGAAGCUUGAAAGAGCUUUGGAAAAAGUGGCUCCUCUUCUUCGGGAAAUCUUUGUGGAUUUUGCCCCAUUCCUAUCUCGCACAUUGUUGGGCAGUCAUGGGCAAGAGCUUCUAAUAGAAGGACUGGUUUGCAUGAAAUCAAGCACCUCAGUGGUUGAACUUGUUAUGCUUCUUUGUUCACAAGAAUGGCAAAAUUCUAUUCAGAAGAAUGCUGGACUUGCUUUUAUUGAGCUCAUCAAUGAAGGAAGAUUAUUGUGUCAUGCAAUGAAGGAUCACAUUGUAAGAGUUGCAAAUGAGGCAGAGUUUAUUUUGAACAGACAAAGAGCUGAAGAUGUACACAAACAUGCAGAAUUUGAGUCUCAAUGUGCCCAAUAUGCUGCUGAUAGAAGAGAAGAGGAGAAGAUGUGUGAUCACCUUAUCAGUGCAGCCAAGCAUCGUGAUCAUGUUACAGCAAAUCAGCUGAAGCAGAAAAUACUGAAUAUUCUUACUAAUAAGCAUGGUGCUUGGGGAGCUGUUUCAUAUAGCCAACUGCAUGAUUUUUGGCGCUUAGAUUACUGGGAAGAUGAUCUUCGCCGGCGGAGACGGUUUGUUCGCAAUGCUUUUGGCUCCACCCAUUCUGAUGCAUUGCUAAAAGCUGCUGGAGAAUACGGAACUGAAGAAGAUGUGGUGAAAUCAAAGAAAACCUUUCGAAGUCAAGCUGUAGUCAACCAAAAUACUGAAACUGAACUCAUGCUAGAAGGGGAUGAUGAUGCUGUCAGUCUGUUGCAAGAAAAGGAGAUUGAUAAUCUUGCAGUUCCUUCCCCAGAAAACAAUUUUGUAGCAUUUUCUUUGAAGUUGCAGUAUGAGCACCUUCCUAUUGGUGGAAAUACUCGCUUUAUCCCAUCUCCCCGGAUUUUCCUUCUAUAUCCAUGA